UGCCUUCCACAUAAGCAGGUUUCCCAUAAGCGUCGCUUCAGACUUCGCCCGGUGACCGAUGGAUCUCCGUCUCUUCACGUGAACACCAGUGAAACUCCAGAGUAAGGUGGGCCAUGGGUCCGGCGUGGGAACAUCGACGACGAUCGUAACUGAAGUGUUCGGCGGAGCCAGGGCACGAUGAGCGCAGUGUACAAAGACUGACACGUGAUCUACCUGGUGCUUGAAAGAAGUACUGAAGAAAAAGCAGGUAUUCGAUCAACCACCCGUCAGCACGUGCCAUCACAGCGAGGGCUGCCAGGGAGGUCACAUUCUUGCACACGGUUGUAACGCGCAAUAAGAGACGAUGACGACCGUUGGGAUACAUAAAUCAGCGCUGGAGCUUCACAAACUCCUUGAACGAGCAGUCCUUACGUCCUACUACGACAAAUUCAUCGAGAUAGGCGGGGACAAUGUGCAGCAGCUUCGUGACUCCAGCGGACACGAUUUCCAGGAGUUGAUCAACAUGGUAGAUAUGGCCAGAAAGCCACCUCACGUCAAGAGGUUCAAGAAAGCACUGGCAGAGUGGAAACCAGACACAGUUGCAGCAACGUCCACUCCAGCGGAUGGAGCAGAAGGGGAGCUUCACAACCUACUCCGAGGAGCGGAUCUUCUCUCCUACCACGACAAGUUCAUGAAGAUAGGCGCAGACUAUGUCCAGCGGCUUUGUGACUCAACCGACGAAGAGUUCCAGACACUCGCCGAGCACGUAGGCAUGGCCAGAAAGCCCCUUCACGUGAAAAGACUGAAGAACGCACUCAAACAGUGGUCAGGCCAUGCAGCCGUAAUGAAGUCCAUUCCUUCAAACGAGUCGGAGCGUGAAGUUCACGAACUGCUUCAGCGAGCGGAUCUCCUCGCCUACUACGACAAGUUCAUCGAGAAAGGCGGGGACAAUGUGCAGCAGCUUCGUGACUCCAGUGAUCAAGAUUUCGUGGAGUUGAUCAACACGGUAGAUAUGGCCAGAAAGCCACCUCACGUCAAGAGGUUCAAGAAAGCACUGGCAGAGUGGAAACCAACCACAGUUGCAGCAACGUCCACUCCAGCGGAUGAAGCAGAAGGGGAGCUUCACAAGCUACUUCGAGGAGCGGAUCUUCUCUCCUACCACGACAAGUUCAUGGAGAUAGGUGGGGACAAUGUUCAGGAGCUUUUUGACUCGACGGCGGAGGAUUUCCAGGAAGUGAUUGACCUUGUUGAUAUGGCCACGAAGCCAUUUCACGUCAAGAGACUGAAGAAAGCACUGGGCCAGUGGACAGGACAGUCAGUCGCGGUAGCGUCCAGUGCGGCCGACGAAUCAGAAGGGGAAGUUCACGAAUUACUUCGACGAGCGGAUCUUCUCUCUUAUCAUGACAAGUUCAUUGAACUGGGCAAAGACAAUGUGCAGCAGCUUUGUGACUCAACGGACGAAGAGUUCCAGACACUCACUGAGCACGUAGGCAUGGCCAGAAAGCCCCUUCACGUGAAAAGAUUGAAGAACGCACUCAAACAGUGGUCAGGCCAUGCAGCCGUAAUGACGUCCAUUCCUUCAAACGAGUCGGAGCGUGAAGUUCACGAACUGCUUCAGCGAGCGGAUCUCCUCGCCUACUACGACAAGUUCAUCGAGAAAGGCGUAGACAAUGUGCAGCAGCUCUUUGACUCCACGGAAGAAGAGUUCCAGGAGUUCAUGGACCUUGUUGGCAUGGCCGGAUUCCCUUUUCACGUGAUGAGGUUCCAGAAUGAACUGGAACAGUCGACAGGACACCCAGUUGCAAUGACGUCCGUUCCGGCAACAAAACCGAGACUAUCGGAGAUUCACCACCUCCUUGAACCAGCUGGUCUCCUCUUUUACUGCGAGAAAUUUGAGGAAAUAGGCAUGGACAAUGUGCAGCAGCUUCGCGACUUGACUGACGAAGAGUUCCACGAGGUCAUCAACCGGGUAGACAUGGUCAGGAAGCCGUUUCAUGUAAAGAAACUCAAGAAGGUACUCGAAGAAUGGACAGGGCCCGCAGGAAUCUCACGCUUCGUCUCCAAGGACAUGGCUUCGACAUCUGAAUUUGAUCUCAACAUGGAGAGGUCGCCACAGUGGGAAGACGUCAGGAAGGAAAUGCACGAAGCCAUUGUGGCGAAAGACGAGGCUCGUGUUCUAAAGUGCCUGGAUGCUGCACCUGAUUUGAAACUGUGGUUGGACCCUGUUAAAGAAAAAGGAAAAAAGGAAAAAGAAAAAUCAGCUCGUUACAAAGCAGUCGAAGAGAAAGCCUUUCGUAUUCAUGGCCUCUUAGUCUCGCGGGAAUGUGGACUCAAAGACGACGAAGAAUCAUCAUGUUACGAAGGUCUCACACGCCUUGAAAAAGCUGAAAUUCGUCGACAACGAUAUUACACCACAGAAUGCGAGGGCAAUUACAUCGACUAUUUGAAAAGCAAAUCACUGAGCGUCACCAGAUGUGGUGACUUCGGUGUACGAUUGGAGAAGAUGUUUAAGCGGCUCUCUAAUGAUGAAGUAAACAGGAUUAUUCUCAAAGUGGCUGCAAGAGCGCCACACCUGGAAAUAAGGUUCGACUACAACAGUGGAAAUGUUCAAGGGAUCACGGGAAGCUGCAACAGAGGCGACAUCGGCCUUACUUACUACGAAGAACAAAGAGUUUUCAUCGGGGGCCGUGCUGAAGAAGCCGUAGUCUGGGGAACGCUUAUGCACGAGUUAUGUCAUAUGGCACUUUUUCUAGUCUACAGGAACGACGGCAAGCCAUAUUACAGCGACGAUACGGAGAGGAAACAGCAAUACAAGAACAUCCUGAACAACAUAAAACCGAGGCAAAAAGAACUGAACAUUCUCAUCCAGCAAGCUUUAAAGGACAGAAAUGGAGAAGAAGAGUUAAUUGUACGGAUCCCUCACGUUCUGGUUCAAUAUGGUUGCGACGAAGGUCAUAGGAUUCUGGAACGGGAAGUACCCGAACUACUAAAUUUUUUCAAGGACCGUGUCAUCCCGGACAUGCGAGAAUACAUUAAGAGUGGGAUCCCCUCGGCAGACGCAGAAAAGAUCAGAGAAGGAAAUGCCACACUCCAAAGAUCUCUCAACAUUGGCAAACUUAACGUCAAAUUCGAGAAACCAUUAAAGAACAGUGUGUGGAACAAAGGGCCCCUUCACCUACUUACGGGUCCAGAAGUAAGGCUUCUGGAAAUAAUGGUUCACAACGCCGUGAAAUCUUCGGGCCAGCCAUACUUGUUUUUCGAAGCAUCCCAGAAGGAGUGGAAAGAUGUGUUAACGACCUACAAAUGUGCAUUUGUGCUCGUGACGAUCCACCCUAACACAGAGUUCGGAAUGGAUCUCAAAUUCCUGAGUGAAGUGUCCAGUGUGACUGAAGCGAAAGUCAUCUUCCUUGUGGAAGACAGAGACAACGAUGACUUGUUGAAGCAAGUGCAAGAAGACACAUUCUUUGCCGCUGGACUUGUAGUGCAUAAUAUCCUUGAAGCGAGUUUGGAGCAUGUGGCGAAUAGCUGCAAAGCAGAAGUUUUCAAAAACUCUCGCGUAGAACUUCAGGGCGAAUAUGUUUCUGGCUUUCCUGAAGCAAUGAAUAUCAACACCUUCUUACGUUUUGUUGACACUUCGGUUUUCCUAAAGCUAUGUGAAUCACUGUACAUUGAUGUGGGACCUCCUCUUCAUGAACUCGAAGAAGGUGUUAAAAACUGUUAUGUGGAGCGACUGUUUACAAGGGUCGUGAAAAUUGACCUGAAAAAGUGCAGAAUGGACGACGAGAAUGAAGCUUUCGCACUUUUGGGGUGUCCGGAUGAUUGUGCUGCAAAACUUGUACCUCAAGGUUACGAAGCCAAACAUCAGGAUAAUUUAGAGAGUUUUGAAAAAUUUGUGGUCCUUCAGGAGCCACGUGACUAUGAAGCUCUCCUGAAAAAUGAUAAUUACCAAGGGAAGGUAGUGCAUCUGUUGCGGAUCAGUGAAUCCGGUGAGGGACUGAUGUGGAUUAAAUCAAAUGACCGUCUCAGUCACCUUCCAAUGAUGGGAAGUCAUUAUUAUACUACAGAGACUUUGCUGAAAGUGCCCGAGAAGGUCGUCCUCGUCACUGGCGCACCCGGUAUGGGAAAGACUGUGCUAGCAUCUCGGUUGUGUACACAGUUAAAAAGUCAAGACAAGAAGCGGUGGGUGCUCUACGUCGACCUUCCUCAGAGAAUGGCAUCGGUUAAAACUGCAUCGCCUAGUCUGAAAUAUCUAGCGGAUCUGUGUCAAGUACGAAAAGGUGGUCUGGAGUUCGUUCUGUUCGAAGAAAGCUUAAACAAUGGAAGCCCUUUCGAGGUCGUCGUCACAUUGGAUGGCUUCGAUGAAGUCAACGAGGAAUGCCGCAACUGUGUGCUAAACCUUAUACGGUUUCUAGCUAACAAAAAAGUUUACAAGGUGUACCUUCUUACUCGCACUGUGUUUAAACCCCAUGUACAAGAUACAUUGCACAGUGUGUCAUAUGACCUCGUUCCUUUUUCUGAUGAAAACCAGAAUGAAUUCCUCACAAGAUAUAGGGGCCAAAUAGAAACUCCAGCCACCAGGAAUGACGCAUUUGCGCAAAAAUUCCAGCAAGUAUACGCGACAUUGAAGGAGAAAAACAAGACAAUUCUGGAAACCCCUCUCCUACUUCGUAUGAUGGCUGAGAUGGAGAGCGGAGAAAUCACGAAGUCGGGCGAUUACUCUUCGCUGCUCGAAAUUGCUGACAUCUCCGCUGGCGGAAGUAUAUACACUGUACACAUCUACAAGAUGUUUGUCGAGUACAAGCACCUUGUGCACCGAAAGGAAAAGGUGAAGGAAGACAUUGCCCUAAGUGCCGUGCGAGGGGACAAUGACGCCACGAAAUCUCCGUUCUACGCAAACCAUGGUCUCCUCGCUAUGAAGUGUAUAUUUCCUCAGGACGCCUUGAAAACCUUAUUGAGUGAAGAAGAAUUAGUGCAGUUAGAUCCCGGAGGAAGUUUCAUCAAACGCGUUGCGGACAAUUAUCUCAAAGAAGGUUUUGUGAAUGGAAUUAACGAUGGAGGAACGCCCGAGUUCGUUCAUAAGACUUUCGCCGAAUUUUUCGCAGCUCACUACCUCCUGGAGAAGGCAAAGAUCAGAGAAAAACCGAGCUUUAGGAACAAAGUCCUAGAAUCGUAUGGUAAAAAAGACUACGAGGGUGUAAUGCUGUUGUUCGAUGGACUGGCGUCAGAGUCCUAUCGACUUCACUCUGCCGUGAUGAACAACGACGUCUCAUAUUUUAGGCAACAUGUUAUCCAAAGAGAGGAUAUGUUGAAGGUGGAUGAGCUCAAAAGGACGCCAUUGCACGUAGCUGCCCUGCAUGCUAAUAAAACGGCAUUGAAGAGGCUUCCAAUGGAUGAUGAACUAAUCAUGGAUGAUUUGUUUAAAAUGUCACCAUUCGAGUACGUAGAACUCUUUUCCCCAUGGGACGCAGAGUUGAUGAGACAUCUGUGGGAAGGACAUCUGCGGGAAAGGUCUCUUAUGACAUAUUUGCCGAAUGCGAAUAUUUGGAAGAAUUAUUUCCGGACUGCGGAUCUGAAGAAAUAUCUGCGGACUGAGACUUCACCUGUGAGAGAGAGACUCAACGUAUUAUGCGAUCGAUGUAGUGAGGAAGCAGUGAGACGUUCCACACAAAAUCUGCGCAGGUGUGAAACCUUCGAGCAAAAGAGACAUUUUCUUGAACGAGCAAUAUUCACGGCUGUGAUACACGACCUACGAGGCGUUUUAGACGUGUAUCUGAGCUAUGUGUCCCCGAGAGAGAGUACAGGAAAUCUAAACGGAGACACCAUGGACCAAUUAGAAUCACGGAAGAAUCGAAGCUCGAGAUGUUCUGCAGAGUCUUCGGUAAUUGGAAACCUUGAUAGUUUUACAGAUAGUAGCGGUAGAACUGUUCCUUUUUACGCAGAGUCUGAGGUUGUUUUCAACAUGCUCCUUCCUUACUGCGAUAUGGGAAUUCUUGAUUAUGAUGGAAACACAUUGUUGCACAUUAGCGCGGAAGAAGGAAAUCUGGAGACAACACAGUUUUACCUCGCACAUAUAUCCGUUAACAAUAGAAAUAGACGCUUUGAAACUCCUUUGCACUUGAGUAGAGAUGCAGAGAUUGUGAAGCUACUUCUUCCUUCCUCAGUGAAUGUUCUCGAUUAUGAGCAACACGCUCCGAUGGAUAUAUGUGCAAAGAGAGAUGAUUUGGAGGCCAUGAAGUUGUUACUCCUUCGCACUGGCACAUAUGACACACAUCACAUGAGACUGAACACAACACUUCAUGUGGCUUCGAAGUCUCAUUCCCUUAAAGCUGUGACGUUCCUUCUACCUCACACAAGUGCGCACCUGCUUAACUGCGAAGGAGAAACGUGCUUAGACGUUGCUACGCCAAGUCUGAAAUAUCGGUUCAGGUCGGAUUUCAACGUUGUAGGGUGUCUCAUCCCACACUCGCUCGUGAACUCACCUGAAACGUUCGGCUCAUCACCGUUGUACGUCUGGGCGAAAUGUGGUGGAAGGAAAGUGAUGCAAACUCUAUGGCCUUAUUUGCGACACAGUGACCCUAGGCAUGCACAGAGGAUCAGCAGAAGCUCCGUGUAUGUGUCUGCGAACGGGGAUUUCCAAAAAGAAAUUUGGUGUCUGAAACUUCUCUUCCUCCAUUUAGAUGUCAUCGCUGGUGAUCUUUAUAGCCGUAAACUGCUACAUAAUAUUGCCAAGGACAAGCUACGCGAGAUAAAAGAAGUAAAUUAUAUUAAUUACGUGAAGUUCUUACUGCCGCAUUUAAAUCUCAGUGAGCAGGAUUAUGUAGAACGUGGAGUAGAAAAUGAGGACAUUGUUACCUUAUAUCGGAGGUGGUCGGACAUGAAUAACACCGAUCAUCAACACAUUGACGAUGUCGACACGGAAAUGGUCGACAACGAUGGCAAUAUGAAGUUGCUAAUAGAAGCAGAGGAAGGAAAUGUGGAAGCUGUUAAGAUUCACCUCUCCCCUUCAUCCGUGUGCUUUACAGAUGAAAAAGAGAACACUGCAUUGCACUUGAGCGCCAGAAAGGGACACCCAAAUGUGGUGAAGCUUCUCAUUCCUUUUUAUACAUCAGUGGACGUGAUCAAUGUGGAUCGAAAAACGCCCAUGCAUGUGUGCGCCUCAAAUGGACACCUGGCUGUUGUGAAGUUAUUAUUACUCCGCUCUAGUAUGAGUUCCCGUGACAAUGUUGGAAUGACACCUCUUCACUGGGCCUGUUACAGUGGUGCCGUUGAUGUCGUGAACUUCCUUCUUCCCCACUCAUUCCCUAAUAUGUGCGACACUUGGGGUUUCACGUGCUGCGCUUUUUCCGCGAUAAAAGAGAAAAUGAAUGUUGUGAGAUGUCUCAUCCCUCACUCUCUUAUGAACUGUCCUCAUUGCAUAGGCGAUUCACAAGAGCGAUUCUUUCCAAAACGUUAUAUGAGAGAAGAGCUGGUGACAUUAUUGCCAUAUUCUUGUGAUUAUGACGCAGCGAGUUUAUUGACUAUUCUCCCGCUGUCAUCUCGUAGGGGCUAUACGAGGAUGAGAACUACGCCUUGUCUGAAACUGAUGGUACUCCACUCAGAUGUCAGGGCAGUAGAUAAGUGUUUACGUGAAGCACUGAACACCAUUCGAGAGUUUUAUGAAGAGAGUAAUCCAAUCCUCUGUUCAAGAGAGACUGAGAUGUCACUACUCCUGAACUAUAUUUCUCUCUUGCUUCCACAUGCAAAUGUUUCUCCUAAGGAGGAUGAAGGCAAGAAACUAUUACAAGGAGCCCUUUAAAGUAGCGAAGGUCCCGAAUUGAUUAGCUUCCUUCAGAAAUGGACUCGCUUGAGUGACUUUCGUUCAUGACGCUGACGAUUGGCAACGGUCGUGGUUAAGUACCAAGUGGCACCGAGUUGUCAGUGGACACGAGCUCUGAAGACGAUAUAGCAGUUUUAUUAGAGCUUUCAACACAGUAUACUGAGACCUUGCCUGCAUCCGAGAAAGGACAAAUAUUCAGCCCGAGUCAAAAAUGAAACAAAAAAUCACUUUUGUGGCGGCCGUGGCUAAAGCGUUUUUUGUUCUUCUUGUUCCUUAUGUUACAAAGUACCGUUCCGUAGUAUGUUCAUAAGGUGAUCCGAAAAUGUGUAAAAAAUGAGUUUAUUCCUAAUGUGCUAGUUAUAUGGUUGGCUACGGUAUACCGAAGUAUUACCUUACUGCUGCAUGUGAAUAUGUUCAUAUAGAGUAUCUCACCUUUAAUAUCUCUACUACAGCGAUUGAGCAUCACGUUCUUAAAAAAAAGUUGCUCAGUGUUAUACCUUUUAGGGUGGUAAUAGCUUGUCACCAAUGUUAGUCGAAAGAUGUGUGAAGUAGAAUCCAUCUCGCAGUGUGGUACGCUUCAACACUGGAUAUAUGUAUAUGGGUCCUAACGUUACAGCUCUUGGUGUCAACUGUAUAUACCCAAAUGUCAAAGAACGUAAAUAAAACGGUGUUUUUCGCACA